AGUGCUGGCCUUGGCCUUGGCUCCUGAACUGGCGCGGGUGGGACCCCUUCUUCGCCGCCCAGGGCCGGCCGCACCAGCCUGCCUUCCCAGCGCGACUCUCAGAAGUCCCUUCGGGCUGCGGCACCUGCGCCUCCUCCUGCACUUGAUCUUCCCACAUCUGCUGCCAUGAAGAUCGCAGUGAUUGGGCAGAGCCUGUUCGGCCAGGAAGUUUACUCCAACCUGAGGAAGGAAGGCCAUGAGAUCGUGGGCGUGUUCACUAUCCCAGACAAGGAUGGGAAGGCUGACCCCCUGGGCCUGGAGGCCGAGAAGGACGGCGUGCCAGUGUUCAAGUUUCCCCGCUGGCGAGUGAAAGGACAGGCUCUGCCCGACGUGGUGGUGAAAUACCAGGCCUUGGGCGCUGAGCUCAACGUCCUGCCCUUCUGCAGCCAGUUCAUCCCCAUGGAGGUCAUCAGUGGGCCCCGCCACGGCUCCAUCAUCUACCACCCGAGUCUGCUCCCCCGGCACAGGGGGGCAUCAGCCAUCAACUGGACCCUCAUUCAUGGAGAUAAGAAAGGGGGUUUCAGCAUUUUCUGGGCAGACGAUGGCCUGGACACUGGGGACCUUCUCCUGCAGAAGGAGUGUGAUGUCCUUCCUGAUGACACUGUGAGCACUCUGUACAACCGCUUCCUCUUCCCUGAAGGUGUCAAAGGGAUGGUUCAGGCUGUGAGGCUGAUUGCUGAGGGCAGAGCCCCCAGACUUCCGCAGCCUGAGGAAGGAGCCACCUAUGAGGGCAUUCAGAAGAAGGAAACAGCCAAGAUCAACUGGGCGCAGCCAGCAGAGGCCAUUCACAACUGGAUCCGCGGGAACGACAAGGUGCCAGGCGCCUGGACCGAGGCUGGCGGGCAGAAGCUGACGUUUUUCAACUCGACUCUGAACACUGCAGGCGUGGUGCCCCAGGGAGAACCUUUGCCCAUUCCAGGAGCCCACCGGCCAGGGGUGGUCACCAAAGCUGGACUUGUCCUCUUUGGGAAUGAUGACAGAACGCUGCUGGUGAAGAACAUCCAGCUGGAGGAUGGCAAGAUGAUCCCGGCCUCGAACUUCUUCAAGGCCGCAGACAGCAGUGCCCUGGAGCUGACAGAGGCAGAACGGGGCACCGCAGAGGCCGUGCGGAGCGCCUGGAAGCGCAUUCUCCCCAAUGUCCCGGAAGUGGAUGACUCCACUGAUUUCUUCAAGUCAGGGGCCGCCUCAGUGGACGUGGUGAGGCUGGUGGAGGAAGUGAAGGAGUUGUGUGACGGGCUGGAGUUAGAAAAUGAAGAUGUUUAUAUGGCAACCACCUUCGGGGACUUCAUCCAGCUGGUAGUGAGGAAGCUUCGUGGGGACGAUGAAGAGGGCGAGUGUGUCAUUGACUAUGUGGAAAAGACAGUGAACAAGAUGACCGUCCGGAUGCCCCACCAGCUCUUCAUCGGAGGCCAGUUUGUGGAUGCUGAGGGCACUAAGACCUAUGAAACCAUCAACCCCACAGACGGAAGUGUCAUCUGCCAGGUCUCCCUGGCCCAGGUCAGUGAUGUGGACAAGGCAGUGGCUGCAGCAAAGGAUGCUUUUGAGAAUGGACUGUGGGGGAAGAUCAGUGCUCGGGACCGGGGGCGGCUCCUAUACAGGUUGGCGGACCUCAUGGAGCAGCACCAGGAAGAGCUGGCCACCAUUGAGGCUGUGGAUGCAGGUGCCGUCUACACGCUGGCCCUGAAGACCCAUGUGGGCAUGUCCAUCCAGACCUUCCGCUACUUUGCCGGCUGGUGUGACAAGAUCCAGGGCUCCACCAUCCCCAUCAACCAGGCCAGACCCAACCGCAACCUGACUUUGACCAGGAAGGAGCCUAUUGGGGUCUGUGGCAUAGUCAUCCCCUGGAACUACCCCCUGAUGAUGCUCUCCUGGAAGACAGCCGCCUGCCUGGCCGCGGGCAACACCGUGGUGAUCAAGCCGGCGCAGGUGACCCCACUCACAGCCUUGAAAUUUGCAGAGCUGACCUUGAAGGCUGGCAUUCCCAAGGGCGUGGUCAACAUCCUCCCUGGAUCUGGCUCCCUGGUCGGCCAGAGACUCUCAGACCACCCUGACGUGCGGAAAAUUGGGUUCACAGGCUCCACCGAGGUGGGAAAGCACAUCAUGAAAAGCUGCGCCCUGAGCAACGUGAAGAAGGUCUCCCUGGAGCUGGGCGGAAAGUCGCCACUCAUCAUCUUUGCCGACUGUGACCUUGGCAAAGCCGUGCAGAUGGGAGAGCAGGACCUUCCCUCCCAGGCCGUUGUGUUGGACAUCGGGGCUCAGCGCGGCUGUGCAUGCCGGCAUGUGAGGCCUUGCUCCCCGGCCUACGCCUGUGGGGACAAGCCAGACGUGCUGAUGCCCAGCAUGAAUAUGAAAGGCCCGGACUCAGACGGGGAAACCGAGGGAGGCAGGUGGCGAGAAUCACGGUGCUCUAGUGGGACGUGGGGCCAGCGGGACCCACCUGCCCGGGGCAAUAUCUCCCCUGCAGGUUUCUUCUUCGAGCCAACCGUUUUCACAGACGUGGAGGACCACAUGUUCAUAGCCAAGGAGGAGUCCUUCGGGCCGGUCAUGAUCAUCUCUCGCUUUGCUGAUGGUGACGUGGACAUGGUGCUGUCUCGAGCCAAUGCCACGGAAUUCGGCCUGGCCUCUGGCGUCUUCACCAGGGACCUCAGCAAGGCCCUGUACGUCAGCGAUAAGCUGGAAGCAGGCACCGUGUUCAUCAACACGUACAACAAGACUGACGUGGCCGCCCCCUUUGGCGGGUUCAAGCAGUCGGGAUUCGGCAAAGACCUGGGAGAGGCCGCCCUGAACGAGUACCUGCGAGUCAAGACUGUUACUUUUGAGUACUGAAGAGAGGCCCGAGAGGAAGCCUCGUCUCCACCGUGUGUCCUUUCCUUGCUCGACCUGACCGUCUUCUGUGGGCCAGUGGAGCUGGGCACCCUGUUCCGUGCCCGUCCAGUUAAAGCCGCCCUGGCUGGGGGAGAAUAAAGGGCAAAUAAAGGUUCCGACCAGCAG